AUGGAUGACACAGACGAGCUCAAGCCGUGUGAUCUCGCCGGGCUGGAAACGUUCGAGUUUGAGCGCGUGCUCUUGGAAAACACCCUCUCCGGCUCGUGUUACCUCCUCGGCAAGCUGCAUGGCGAACCGGCGAUCGUGCAUGUACAGCGCACCGCUGUUGACCCGUCCGCUGCUCCUAAUAUUGUGAAGGAGGGACUGGAGAGCCUCAACGUGUUUCUUGACAACCGUCCGUACUUCUCGGCCCACGCGCUGCUGAAGCGCGGCCCCGACGCGCUCCCCGACCUCGCACUCAAACUCAUCUGGCCAUGCACCGAAGUCCAUAUCAAGAAGUACACGGCGCAGCCUCGCCGCCUACUCACCGAGACGCCAGCCCUCUACGCUCAAGUGGUGGAGCCGUAUAUCUCGAGUUUCCCGCCCGAGCGCACAGCAUGGGUCCAUGCCAUCCUCGAAGGCCGGAAGGAGGCGGAGCGAGUCCUCUUCUCUAGUCCCGGAGAAGAGGGGUUCAUGCUCGUCCCGGACUUGAAGUGGGACGGCACGACCACUGCCGGUCUGUACCUCACGGCCAUUGUACGUGAUGGUAGUAUCCGGAGCAUGCGCGAUUUGGAGCGUCGCCACAUCCCCCUCCUGAAGAGUAUCAAGCGCGAGGCAUACAGUGUAUGCGCUGAGAAAUGGGAUGUGGCGGCCGGUGAACUGAGGCUGUUUAUUCAUUACCAGCCGUCCUACUACCACUUCCACGUACAUGUUGUUCAUGUCGCGCAUGAAAUCUUUGCUGGCAUGGCUGUUGGGCAGGGGCACAUGCUCGACGAUGUCGUUAACUGGCUUGAGCUGAGUCCCGAGGAGGGACCGAGCUUGCCGGCCCUCAUGACGUUUACAUAUGCGCUCGGCACCGAGCAUGGGUUAUACGCUGACCUUGUUGCUGGGCAGGAGGAGUAG